ACUUGAAAGGAGAAACCUGUGAUCGCAGCCAUGUCUCCCCCCUCAGGGAACAUCAAUAACGGUUCUGAAAGGUAUUGAACGAUUAAUUGCCUAAUUUUUAAUGAGUAAGACAAUGAUAUACGAACUUGGUUCAAUCAUGUUUUUAUGGUACAAUACUUUAAUAUUGGUGAUUUUGAAUGUGAGGUUUGGUCACCCUGCUUUUGUAUCAGUGCUGCUGAGGUUAAUUGGGAUGAACUUGGAUUUAAUUUAGUUACCACAGAUUACAUGUAUGUCAUGAAAUGUGCAAAAGGAGAUAAGUUUUCAGAAGGAUCACUGCUUCCUUAUGGUAACAUUGAGAUCAGCCCUUCUUCUGGGAUAUUAAAUUAUGGACAGGGAAUCUUUGAGGGGCUUAAGGCACACAGAACUGAAGAUGGGCGUAUACUUUUAUUUCGACCAGAUGAGAAUGGUCUACGCAUGAAGAGAGGGGCAGAUAGAAUGUGUAUGCCAUCCCCAUCUGUUGACCAGUUUGUCAAUGCUGUAAAGCAGACAGUUCUUGCCAACAAACGAUGGGUGCCUCCUGUAGGAAAAGGGUCACUAUAUCUUAGGCCCUUGCUCAUUGGAACAGGACCACUGUUAGGUUUGGCACCAGCUCCUGAGUAUACUUUCCUUAUUUACUGUUCUCCAGUUGGCAGUUACCACAAGGGUGCACUGAACUUAAAAGUGGAGGAUAAACUAUAUCGAGCAAUAUCUGGGAGUGGUGGAACUGGAGGGAUCAAAAGUGUCACCAAUUAUGCCCCUGUUUAUACUGCAAUAACUGAUGCAAAGGCCAAUGGAUUCUCCGAUGUGUUGUUCUUGGACUCAGCAACAGGAAAAUAUAUAGAGGAGGCAUCAUCAUGCAACGUAUUUGUUGUGAAGGGCAACACUGUCUCCACUCCUUCAUUAGAUGGAACCAUCCUGCCUGGUAUCACACGAAAAUCCAUCAUUGAACUUGCCAUUGAUUUGGGUUAUCAGGUAAUGGAACGUGCCGUAUCAGUGGAGGAAAUGCUAGUUGCAGACGAAAUGUUCUGCACAGGAACUGCAGUGGUUGUUAACUCUGUUGCAUCUAUCAGCUAUAAGGAAACAACGAGGGAUUACAAAACAGGGCCAGAAACAUUGUCUGCAAAAUUACGCAAAACACUGGUUGGAAUUCAAACAGGGUGUCUUGAAGAUACAAAGUCAUGGACAGUCACAAUCUCUUAAAUGAAGAUAACUUCUGUUUCAUCCUAACAAGUUAUUAUUUGAAAGUCAUUUUUUUAGUUUAUUAAUGUAAUAA